CGGUUUGCAUAGUAUCCGGAUAUCCGGAUACGUGCGCGGAUUCGUUCGCGCGUACCAGGUGCGCGAUCUUUUGGCCGAGCCACUUUGCCACAACGUCAUGGAAGCGCUUCGGACCAUUGACCUCGCGAGGAUCCGCGAGACCCUGCGCGGCCCGGAGGCGAAAGCACCGGCAGCGGUCGCCAGCGAGGUGUGCGAGCGGCUCGGUUUGGACCCGACGCGGACGCUCCACGAUCUGCUCGUCGAGUACUUGGAGCACGAACCGCCCAAAGCCAGCACAAAGACGGCGCCGAGCGAGGCCGAUGAUAUGCACCAGGACGAGGUCGCGCGCCACGAAGCCCGUGCGGCGGGCGUGGCGUCCAUCGUGCAGCGCGUCGUGCAGCACGGCUACGUCGACGCGGCCAACCCGGUCGUCGACUUGUUCGACAUGGAAAUGUUUCUCAGCCGGUUGCACGAGCUACGCGCUGCGUUCCCGCCGUUCUGGACGCAUGCGCUGGCCAUCAAGGCCAACCCGCUGGCGGGCAUUUUGCGCCAUGCGCAGCCACUCGGUUUUGGCUUGGAGACAGCGUCGUACGCAGAAGCCAUGCACGCUCUGCGCUUGGGCUUUCUGCCCGACAAGAUCAUCGUCGACUCGCCGUGCAAGACGUUGGCCGAGCUCGACAAUGUCCUCUCGCUCGGCUGUUACAUCAACCUCGACAACGUGGCGGAGAUCGAACACGUUGCGCGCCUCUUGCGCGAGAAGCCGACAACAGCCAAGAUUGGGCUGCGCAUCAACCCCGUUGUCGGCGGCGGCACGAUUGCAGCAUCGAGUACGGCGACGGCGACGAGCAAGUUUGGUUUGAUCUGGACACCCGAGACCAGCGACCGCCUUCUAUCGCUCUACAAAGCGCAUCCCUGGCUUCAAGGUGUCCACGUCCACGUCGGCUCCCAAGGCUGCGCCCUCUCGCUGCUCGUGGCCGGCGCCAAGCGGGCCGUGGCCUUCGCUUCGUUCAUCAACAACGCGCUCGGUCGGCGGCAAAUCGACGUCAUCGACAUUGGCGGCGGUGUGCCCACGAGCUACGACGGGCUCAAGGCCGAGCCUGUCGCGUACGCCACGUACGCGUCGCUCUUGCGCGCCGACGUACCAGAACUCUUCUCGGGCGACUACCGCGUCAUCUCGGAGUUUGGUCGAAGCGUCUUUGCCAAGCCCGGGGUGACUCUGAGCCGCGUCGAAGCCGUCAAGAAUUGGCAAGGUCACACGGUUGCGAUUCUGCACUGCGGCGCCAACCAGUUUUUGCGCUCCGUGUACCUGCCGAGCACGUGGCCGAUGGUCUACUCGGUCUUUGCGCACGACGGCUCCAUCAAGCGGAACGGGCUGUUCGUCGCGCAGGACCUCGCGGGGCCGCUCUGCUUUUCAGGGGACGUGGUCGCACGCCAAGUGCGCUUGCCGCAGCUCGCAGCCGGCGACUAUGUCGUUGUCCACGACACGGGCGCAUACACGAUGGCCAUGUACUCGCGAUUCAACAGCAUUCCCGCGCCGGCCACGCUCGCCUACACGCCGACGUCCGUUGCGGUCGUCAAGGCGCGCGAGUCGCUCGAUGCCACGCUGGCGUUUUGGGGCAACGCGUCUGAGGACGUGCAAUGGCUCCCGUGUACGAGCUAGUCGACGCGGCUCGUGGAGCACCCACUGAAUGCAUGUAUUUGUAUCAAGAUGUCAACUCCCAGCAUCAAAGCAUGAGCUUGUGCGUACUUGAACUUCGG